AUGAAAUUUCUCCUUUCACUGCCCAUACAAAUGGAGAACCCCUACAAAGAGCCUCCUAAAAAAUGUGUCUUAUGUGGAAUAAACGUGGACUACAAGAAUGUGCAGCUUCUUUCCCAGUUUGUUUCUCCGCACACUGGCUGCAUUUAUGGCAGGCAUAUAACAGGCUUGUGCAACAAGAAGCAGAAGGAAAUCACAAAAGCCAUUAAAAGAGCUCAUGUAUUUGGAUUUAUGCCAGUUAUGUUUAAGAACCCAUCAUUUCUCACAGACCCCAAGAUAUGUAAUGUCAAGUAUCCAGAGUAAUAUACUAUAAAGAAAUAAACAAUAAAACUACUUUUCAUGUUUA